AUAGCGUUCUUCCUUGUUUUCAAUAGAAUCGACCUUAUGACUAAUAUCACACUUUGCGCUCGCAGACGGUGCUUAUCUCAGGCUAGUUCACAUAUAAAAAGGGUUUCGAAUCCGUGAGAAGCAAUCAAUAAGAGUUGAGCCAGCAUGGUCAACAUAGUCGGAGUAGUUUUCCUCUGCGGUAUUGUGGUUAUUAGUGCCGCACAAUUAAAGGAAGAAGAUGUCCUGCAGAACCUCCAGGGGAUCAAAAAAAUGAGAUCCUUGGGACUUGAGAUUGAUGGGCACCUACAGAAUCUUAAUCAGGAUGAUUUAAAGGCUCUGGACUCCAGGCUGUCAACACAGGAUGAUCUGCUGUGCCUUAGUGAUCUGGCUGCCUUAGUGGCGGGACUUCGAAGCGGUCAAUACUGGGCACUGAAAAUGUUUGAUGCCUGGGGUUCCGUACCCUCGGGUCUGCUUACCGGCAACACGUACGACCUUGGCAACUUUGACGAGUGUUUGAACAUCAAGAAAGAGACCAGCCUGGGCAGAACCAUCCAAGGAAAGUACUGUUUUCUUUCAGUGUCUCCCGCCAAAAUUCUGGGGGUCAACACUACGACCUUGAGAACAUUUAAAACCGCCACCUGCCUUCCGGCCACUUGUUCGGCCGCUCAAAUGAACACGUUUGUGGGUCAGACGGUGAAGCAGCUGCUCAACGUCAGUAUUCCCAGCACCGCCAUGAGUAUCAGCGAUAGCAGUUGCCAAACCAGCGAAAGUGAACCCUGGGAUGGACUAACCAUUUUCAUGAUAGUGAUCUUAUCGUUCAUGGGUUCUUUGGUGGCUUUGUUUACCUUGUGGGACUACUAUCUGGUCAAGAAUCAGGAUCAGCUUCCAGCCAUUGUCAAGAUUUUCUCGGCCAGGGCCAACUCCAGGGCUCUAUUCCGCAUUGUACAACCCAAUUCGAAUCCAAAUGUUAUCGACUGCCUCAAUGGAAUCCGCUGCCUGUCACUCGUUUGGGUGGUUUUCUGCCAUCAAUAUGUGAGGACUCUGUUUACGGCAAAUAUUAACUUAUUUCAUGCUUACUCGUGGGAGGAGUCACCAUACGCCAGUUUUAUUCUACAUGGCUAUUUCGCAGUGGAUUCGUUUUUCGUGCUUGGGGGAUUGUUGGUGGCUUUGAUUACUUUGCGAAUGAUGGAUAGAACUAAGGGCAAACUAAAUGUUCCUCUAAUGUAUCUGCACCGCAUAAUCCGCAUUUUUCCUCUGCUGGCGAUGGCCAUUGUAGUCUCUUUGAGACUUAUGCCCAUGAUCACAAGCGGUCCUCUUUUUUCCCGUGGGUACACACAAAAGGCUGUGUGCGAGAGGAGUUGGUAUUGGACCUUGCUUUUCGUUAAUAACUAUACCAAUGAUAGGUGCCUGUCACAUACCUGGUAUUUGUCGGUAGACAUGCAAAUGUUCCUUAUCUCGCCGAUCCUGCUGAUAGCUGUCUACAAAUGGGGAAAGAAGGCUGCUGCUGGUAUUUUCGUUCUCAUAAUACUGCUGUCUGGGUGUCUUUUCGCUACCAUGGUGGUUAAUGACUACUCAUUGGUAAUAAAGCAAUUUUCAUUUAAGGCGCAGAAGUAUUUGUACUAUCCCACCCAUACACAUGCUAUGCCCUGGCUGGUUGGUUUUCUCUUCGGAUACUUCCUGCACUUGAAUAGGGCCAAGAAGUUCCAGCUAAGCUGGCUAGCCGUGUGGUCGGGAUGGAUCCUCUGUUUGGCCAUGAUCUUCACCUCGAUCUUUGCCCUCUACCCGGCGGCCCAGUGGAGUUCUCCUACCCUUCCCAUCGUGUCGGAGGCCUUUUACUACACCCUCACUCGAGUGGGUUUCCCAAUGGCCCUUUGCUGGGUGAUAUUUGCCUGCAUGCAGGGAUUCGGAGGACUGGCUGACAGCUUCCUGUCCUACCCACUGUGGCAACCCUUCUCCAGACUCUCCUACUCCGUCUACAUGUGGCACAUGUUCAUCCAGGAAGUAAACGCCCAAAGUAUAAGGACGAAUUCCUACUUCUCGAAUUACAGAAUAAUGCUCAGCUUCUGGUCAACCCUUGGAAUCACCGUGUGUUUUGCCUAUGUGAUGCAUCUACUCAUUGAGGCACCCUUUAGUGGACUUGGCAAUUUCCUGGAGCCAAAAGGAAAAAACCCUCCUCUCGUUAAGCAGAAAUCACAGAUAGAUGAGAAUGAACAGAAAAACCUAGAAGAGCUUAAGGUGAACACACCUUCACCUCCUGCAUAUUAGGUUUA